ACGCUUCCGGGUUUUAUUGUAAACAGCGAACCUGGAGAAUUAGUCUCAAAGUUAUCCGCAACGAGUGCACAUACAAACGGGUGUCAUGAAUCACAACAAGGAAGGGUCCAUUAUUGGGUUGAUGCCCUACCAAUACGUCCACGUAUUGGAUCUGACAACGAACAUCACACGGCUAGAGGUCGGGCCACAGACCCUCGUCCUGAAGAGUAAUGAACGUCUUGAGGCUGGACCUUUACCUAUGAUCGUUGUCCCUCCUGGUCACUACAUCAGUGUCACAGACCCCAUCAGCCACUAUGAGGCAGGCAAGGCAUGUGAGCUCAAACUUGGACACAAGGAAGUAAGACUUCAUCAGGACCCAUUCCCUCUCUACCCAGGAGAAUCACUCACGCUGGCCCCAGAAUACGUCCAGCAGAGAGGUCAGUACCAGAAGGCUGUCCGUCCCCUCCCUGUUAUCAAUGCCAACCAUGCAAUCCGCCUCCGUGCCCUCUUUGACCUGGAGGACUCUGGGGUGAAGAGGAAGGAAGAGGAGAUGUGGCAGCUGCCUGGACCACUGACCUACAUCCCUAGAGCUGAUGUGGAGGUUGUGAAGAUUGUGCAGCCGUUCAUCAUCAGGAAUGGAGAUUCCCUCAAUCUACGGGCCAUUCAGGACUGUUAUGAUAACGAAGGAAACGAUCGUGUGACUGGCGAGGAAUGGCUUGUGUCAACACCAGGGGCUUAUGUUCCAGGAGUGUUUGAAGAGGUACUCGAUGUGAAAUCGAAGAUAACCUUGACCCAUGAUGCUGGCCUGCACCUUCGAGCCACUCGGACAUUAACUGAUGCGUAUGGUGACAGCAGGUUGGCUGGAGAAGAAUGGCUGCUGACUGGAGAAGAAACUGAUAGUUAUUUUCCUGAAGUUGGAGUGGAGGUUGUCAAGCAGGUGAAGAAGGAGGUGGUCAGCAAGGGUCAGUACUGUGUUGUCCUGGACCCAGUAGACGAGGACAAGAGGCCAUGCCUUGGGAAGCGGGUGCUGAAGAAAGGGUUGUGUACAUUUUUCCUACACCCAGGCGAGAGGCUUGAGGAUGGCAUACAGAACACCCACGUCUUGUCAGCUGACGAGAGCCUUGUCCUCCAGGCCAAGGGAGCCUUCACUGACGAUAUGUUUAAAGGAAAGCCAAAAAGAAAGCCAGGUGAUUUAUGGCUGAUCCGAGGACCACUGGAGUACAUCCCACCCAUUGAAGUAGAGAUUGUGAAGAGAAGAGAAACUAUGCCACUUAGCAAGAAUGAAGGUAUCUAUGUUCAGAACAGACAGACUGGAAAGAUAAGAAGUGUGAUGGGUCCAUGCUCGUACAUGCUGAAUGCCCAUGAAGAACUGUGGGAGAAACCAUUAACUCCAGAGGUUGAGGAGAUACUCAGGAAUGGCGGUGGAAUCGGAGAUGGGAACAUCCGAAAACUGGCGUACUACGAGCAGUCCAUCAACCCAAGCAUUCUCAUGGGUAGAAACAGAACCAAAAUAGUUACAUACCGUUGCCCUGGCAACACAGCUGUCCAGGUGUACAACUACAUGCAGAAGACAGCGAGGGUGGUACUCGGACCCGACCUCAUCAUCCUGGGGCCACACGAAAACUUCAAUGUGCUCAGUCUCAGUGCUGGAAAACCUAAGAAAGCCAAUGCUUUGAAGUCACUAUGCAUGAUGUUGGGGCCAGACUUUAUUACAGAUAUUCUUGAGGUUGAAACUGCAGAUCAUGCAAGACUACGAAUCCAAAUAGCAUUCAACAAUCAUUUCGAGUACGAUCGAAAAGAUGACGAAAGUCUGAAGCAAAUGUUUGCUGUACCAGACUUCAUUGGCUUUGCCUGUCGACAAGUUGGAAGCCGGAUCAGAGGUGCUGUUGCCCUGGUUCCCUUUGAUGAGUUCCACAGACACUCCCUGCAGAUCAUACGAACGGCCGUUUUCGGUAUCAACCCUGUCAACAAGCAGCUCAGGACACACAUCAGAUUCAGUGAAAACAACUUGGUAAUUACCAGUAUCGACGUUCAGAGCAUCGAGCCAUCAGACGUGAAGAUGAGGGACAGCCUCAGCAAGUCAAUACAGAUGGCCAUAGAGAUUGCUACAAAGUCCAUAGAGAAUGCAGCAGCCCAUGAGGCUGACAAGAUUGAGCAGGCUGCACGCGGUCAGCUGGAGAGACAGAAGCUGGCCAAUGAGAAGGAUGCAGAGAAGGAGAGGGCCAACUUGCUGCAUCUGUGUGCUAUAGCUGCAGCUGUUGAGUCAACUGGGCAAGCCAAAGCUGAAGCACAGGCCCAGGCUGAGAGGAUGCUUAUAGAGUGCCAGAGUGAGAUUGAAGCUGCAAAACUGAAGGCAGAGGCAGAGGCAAUAGAACAUCAAGCUAGACUGGAGACACAGGGCAUGGCGAAGAGGGGCGAGAUCAACUACCUGCGAGGUCAAAACGAGCUCUACCUGGACAAAGAAAGAAGGAAGGCUGAGAUUGAAGUGAACAAAUUCCAGGAGAUGAUUGAGAGUAUUGGCCAAGAGACAUGUGCAGCCAUGGCCCAAGCUGGCCCAGAUACCCAGGCCCGCUUGCUGCAGGCUCUCGGGAUGCAGAGCGUGUUGUUCACUGAUGCCAAGAAUCCCCUCAACCUGUUCAACACAGCAGGUGGUCUUGUAGGCAGGGAACAAGAUAGGCAGACAUCUGCUUGAAGUGCUGCAUCCACUCCACCAUUGGUUCUGAUAGUCAUUGCUAGAAGCAUGGCUUACCAAGCAGAGCCCCAUUUCACAAAGCGAUCGUAGUGCUAAGGUGAUCGUAACUCCCAUACUUUAACAUAGACUUACGACAGUCGUAGCGCUACGAUCACUUUUGCAAAACAGGCCCCAUUUCACAAGAUAACAGUUCACAAAAUAGCAGCAGUUUAUAUGCAGUUUAACACAAUCAUCUGUUGAAGGAAUUCAAUUGAAAGUUUACAAAAGUUACAAAUUUUAGAUGUUUCCCAGGUUUGAAAAAAUAACAUAGGAUGAAGAAGUAGACAUUUUGAAUGAAGUUAAAUGAAAGGACACUUAAGUCAAAGGGGCAUGGGUAGCCCAGUCAUCAAAGAUGCCACUAUUUGCUGUGCAGAGUUCCGUCCCUUGUUCACGCGAGAAAAUUUAGAUCAUCUGAAAUUUUGUUUCUGUGAUUGUCCUCACCAUAUCAACACUGAAGUGGUAAAGUUCUGAGACCUGCAUCACUUCAGGUUGUUCUUCCACAUUAUACUGGCAGUUUGAUUUAACUGUAUAUAACUCAUUCACAAAUGAAAGGGGCGUUGGGGUUGCCUAGUGAUUAAAGCGUUCGCUCGUCACACUAUGCUCUUAAAAAAGAUUAGGGGAACUUCAUUUUUAAUUUACAAUUGAAACAACUGGGAGAUAUAUCAAAGUCAAUCAAUGUGGAUAUGAUAAUAAUAAAUGUUUUGAGAGUGCAUCACCACUUGCACUUGCUUAUGAUAAUUGUUUGUACAGUAAUCGAUCUUGCAAGAUGA